AGCAGAGAGCACAAGUCACAUGGUCAGAAGGGAAGUAGAGAACCAGCAGUGGAAGUCGGCGCCAUCCGCACUCGUCCGGGAAGAAGCAGCUCCCACACACAUGGUGCUCCUGCGGCACAUUUCGGUGGCUCUGUCCGCCGCCGUGGCUGCCCUUGGCUCGGCGCUCUUCAUCGCCCUCAACUACUUCUACAGGAGGCGAUUAUGGUUACCGAAUGCAGAGUACUGCACGAUCCAGGAAGAGGAAGAGGACCAAGGAAAGCGUCAGGUCUUAGUCCUUGGCCUGGAUGGAGCCGGGAAGAGCAGCAUGCUCCAGCGUUUGACCCCCGGAGGUGUUAAGAGAAGCUGCUGCCGACCCACAAAAGGCUUCAAUUUCAUGAGCAUCAGUGCGCCCCCUUGUCAGCUGAACUUCUUAGAAAUCGGCGGCGGCGAGGAACUGCGGCAGUACUGGUCGGAAUAUCUGAUAAGGACUCACAUUCUGGUGUAUGUAGUGGACUCCUCUGAUCGGAGCCGCUUUCACUUGGCCAAGUCGGAGCUGCACCACCUCCUGAAAAGUCAACCCCAGCUUCCUGUGGUGAUCCUGGGCAACAAACAGGAUAAACCGAAUGCCGUGAAUGUGUCCGAGCUUCACAAAGCUUUGUCUCUGGGCUCCGUGGUGGAGAACAGAAAGUUGUACAUCUUGGCAAUGCAGCUGGGAUCAGACGGAGCCCUGAAGAACUCCUGUCAAGGCCUGGACAGCUUCCAGGACCUUCUGCUUGAAAUAAUCUGAUCCCUGUGACUACUCGCAGACCAGGGACAAAGGAUGAACAGCUUUUAUGAGCGAAGAUGAGCUAAACCCGGCAACUCAUCAUUUUUUUUAAGUUAAUUUUAAUUAUUUCACUUUGUGAUCAUUCUGGCUUGUUUUGGCACGUCGACUGCAGAUUAUGCACCAUGACGAGUGACUUAAAAGUCUGUGACAGGUUUACAGCAAGUUGUUUUUUAUGAUAAGUCUUGUCUAUAAUGCUUCAAAUGAAAUGUUUGGAUCAUGUUUCAGAAGAUUUCUACAGCAACUCUUUUUGGAAAACAGUGGUAAAAAUAGAGGAGGCUUGGAGGGGCUGUAUGACCAUUAGAAAACCUUUAGAACAAGUUGGUGAGCUUUUUACGUUCUUGAAAAUCUGAAACAGACAUACAUCUACCUUGCAAGGCAUUACAGCGCUGUACUGUAAAUAUUUUUCUGCGAAAAUAUAUCUCUAAAGUGAAACCAGCAUCAUGCAUGAGUUCUGCUCAAUUAGCAUCCAAGAUUAACUCAGCUAGCCGGUUUUAUUUUUUUGUGAUGCGAUGGGUUUGACUUAAAUGGCAAAGAGGAAACGUGAUGAUAACCUUAGAACAGCAAAUUAGACCCACUGCCAGCUUGGAAGAGAGCAAUUUGUUAAGUAUUGGUGGCAUACAGAAGUGGAUUUUACCAACAUAGUCGUCCAUUGCCCUUCAAAUUUUGCGGCUUUAGCAAAGAGCAGUUUUUUUAAAAAUAUAUUAUUUUGUAUAUUUUAUAUAAUGUGUGAUAUCUAUUUUUAAAGCAUAUUUUACACUUUUUUUGGUCCUAAAUUAAACAUUUUCAAGCAUUAAAAUGGUUAAACUAAAAAAUAUCAAUACUAUAGUCGUAUUGGCCAUGAGAUGAGACCAAACUAAUCAGAGUGUGCUGUUCAGUAUUGUGGUCACUGAUUGGCUAAGCCUCAGGUAGCCUUACCAUAUUGAGUUGCGUUUGUUUAUUUCAAACAUGCAUGCAUACAACAAAACAAUACAAUUUUCUCUAUUAAAAAUGUUCGAAAAGGAGUAUGAAGAAGCAGAGCUUAUUUAAUACUACCCUUUUUCCUUUACAUAUUGGAUGAGAAGAGUGUAAAGACAAAUAAAGGGGAUCAUUUCCUGUCCAGAGGGCUCUCACAAUGUUAAAAUUUGUAUUUAGAUGGUAGUAAACAGGUUUUUUUGUGGUCUGGUUACAAAAAUAGAUGUUUGUACAAAAGUUCAGGAUUUGGUUUACACAAGUCGCCAUGGUGUCCCUUUUAUUUUUUACGUAACUGUAAAAAACACAUAGCUGAGAGCAUACUGGCUAAUGACUAGCAUGAAAUGAAACAAGAGCACAUUUGUACUGUCCAUUAUGUUGGUGUAUUCAAGAUGCAAGUAGUUUUUACAUUCAUUUAGUUGUAUAAUUCAGGGGUUAACUCAUUUUUAACACUUGUAGGACAAUUCUGGAUGUUUAAAUGUUACUCAAAACAAGCUCAUGUUUAACGGCAACAACAUAUGUAAAACUUCAACAAGCAUCGAAAAAUGAAUGGUGUUUCAAAUGCGGCAUAACCAAAACAAGUCAAAUUAUUCUUUGGCCUUUUUGAUGUUAUUGUGGCCACAGUGAGGAAGCAAAAAGAAACGGCUCAUCUUUUGCCGCUGUUUUGGACUAUGAGUAGCUUCGUUCAUGCAGCGAGUUAAAGCAGCAGUCUUUUGUAAUGAAUGUGAUGUUUUAUUCUGUUUGAUACGCUGUAGUUCUAAAAGAUGUUUUGGCAGUGUAUUGAUGGCCGCACUUUUUAUGACAAGACCUGCAUUGGUCUUUGUACAGUAUGUGUUAAUGCAAAGUGGUGUAGCAUCUGUGCAUGUUAUAAAACAUUUUAAAUGUGUGGAAAAUAUUAAAUAUAUGCAUUGUC